GCUGUUUCUUUCGAAAGCGCACGUUCUUUAUGUAAUAUUUGCGCGCGGAUAUAUCAGUUUUCAUGGUGCGCGUGGUUGGCCCCAAAGUCUCAGAGGCAACUUGUACGAUCAGUUUCCUGUCGAACUCCAUUCGAGUUGGGUGUAUUGAUCAAGCCUUGGUGUUAAUAAUUCAGUGAUCUCUCCUAAGAAUGGUGGAAACUGCUCGACAAGAAGAAAUAAAUUUCCAAAUUCCAGCAGGAUCCAGUACCGAUGAUCACUACCAGCCUUCUGUGAGGAUGCUAAACAUACAAAAGUGUUCAAAUGGUGCCUGUGGCUUCCACUUGUCUCGCAGCAAAUGGGAUCCAUACCCAUGGGUGAGCGGGGUCGAUAAGGAAUCUCCGGCUGAAAUAACCGGAUUGAAGGUUGGAGAUUGCGUUUUAGAGGUGAAUAGUGAAGACGUUUUAGGACUGAGAAUAGCAGAGAUAGCCAAUAUAGUUAGGAGUCGUGCAGACCACGUAACUCUGCUAUUGUGGAGUACAGGAUUAGAUCCUCAGUGCACUCCAGAUUCCCUCUGCUGUGGACCUCUUCCCCAAAAUCUCGAACGUCUAUCUGCCAGCAUGUCAGCUAUUCUGGCUGCAAUGGAAUGCCCUGUAUGCAUGGACACAAUCCCGCCACCGGCAAUCCAGUGCCAGAAUGGACAUCUCGUUUGUGCAAAGUGCAGAAUUCGAGCUGAUAAGUGCCCUAUUUGCCGGGAAAAGUAUAGUAUGGGUAGAUCGUUGAUUGCCGAGCAAGUUUUCAACUCCCUCAGGGAUGCUUUCAAUCUGCAGGAAGCAGAUGGGAAACUACGAGAGAAACUUUUUGGCAUGAAGAAUUCUAAAGUUACAUUUCUUCGAAUCAAUAGCCAUCAGAAUAAGACUUCACAGUCUCCUACACAGAAGCUUCUGGCUAAGCUCAUGGGAAAGGCUACUUCCCUGGAUAACCUGACCACUAGCAAGCAUUUGUCGCCACUUGCGGAAGAUGUUAUUAAUCUCAAGACUAAAUCUUUUUCCUCCAGCGAGAUAUUCAUUCAACCCGAAGCGGUAUCUGUCGUCAGGUGCCCAUCUGCUGUACUCCCGGGAAAACUUUCCUCUACUCUGGGUACUAGACGGCCGCCAUCCUGCCACACAUCCUCGGAGAGUGUAAUAGAGAUUAUUGUGCCAAAGUUAGAUAAUAGCUAUAAGUGUCCCUGUGGUGAGGAAUGUUCUGCUUCUUUGAGUAGUGCAGAACUUCGCCAUCAUGUUAUGGAAGGGCAUGGAGUGCCAAUUUUGACUUUUGGCACAUCUUCAGCUGAGAUAUCCCUACCACCAAGGACACCUGUUGAAAAUGCCUGCCUUCUGUUGCAACUACAGCAGAAAACAUUCUGGUUGCGAUUGGAUACUUCUAAAGGAGAUCUCUUUAUCGCAACCCUGCUUCAGGGUCCUGCUUCGGACUGCUCCAACUACCUCCUGGAAGUCAUUGUUCAGAACACUGCUCCAGAAAAACUAAUGCAGCGUCAAUUGAUAACGAGAACUCCUGUUUACUCCCUGCAAACCUACUCUUGGCACAGUAUCCUGCAAAAUCACAAAGGGAUUCUCUACACUAAAAAGAGCAUAACAUCUACUUUCGAUCGCGAUUCGGACAUACUGCUUCUCAGGGUUUCUGUUAAAAUUAUCAGCGAAAUAGAGUGACUUCAAAGUUAUUUAGCAUCUGCGGUCUGCAUAAAUUUUGGCGAUUUUCAAUGGGAAAGGCGGGUGAAUCUAAACACUUCCAAUAUCGAAUUAAGAACAUUUUUAUUCUUCUCUUUUUUACCUUACUUACAAAUAAACUUUUUCUGCAAU